UCUCAGGCAGAGAGAGAGAGAGAGAGAGAGAGAGACUUGAAACGGGACACUAGAGAGAAUUAGCAAAGCAAGCCGCAGCGAAGGGAAACGAUUCUUCUGCUGUGACGGACAGUUCGGGAAAAAAACCAAGAAAAUGUCGGGCAAGAGUGUUUAUAAUUUGCUUCAGGAUAAUGUGAGCAAGCCUCGCUUCUGCAAGUCUUUGUCUACGGGAGAAACUUGGAGUUCUAAAUCCAUGAGGAUUAUCCCGGAAGAGUUCGUGAGAAGCGCACCCGUAGCUUUUGAACACAGAGUGGUGUUCAGUGUUCGUUGGGGAAAUUCCUGGCAGCUCUGGCUCCAGAGAGACAAGAACGGUCUGUUUAUGGAAGAAGAAGACUGGGAUGAGUUUGUGAGUGAUAACUUCUUAGGACCAAACGAUGUCUUGCUCUUCAUACACGUAGACACUAUGUUCAUUGAAGUGCAAAUCUACAAACAAGAUUCGUACCACUUGAAAGAGAUCACUUCAGCACCUCUCCAAACUGAUCCCCAAGCUGAAGUGGUUACCCCGUUGCCCCAGACUUCUCCACCAGAAACCCCUGCCCCUGCCCCUGCAUCUACAAGUGGAGCGAGACAGGCCGAUGCUCUUGUCAACAAUCCUGAGCAGUACCUCUCAAAUCCGAGUAACCCUUUCUUUGUGAAGAAGCUGGGUAAAAAGAUCGAUGUUCUGUAUGUGAGCCAUCUGGUGACUGAGAGGUAUGGCUUGCAGUUUGGUCCACACAAUUCCCCCAUGUUUUACAUUCUUCCCAACGAAAAAAUCGAGGCAAACACUAAGAUCUACGGAGGGUGUGCUUGUUUCAAUGGCUGGGCUGCUAUAUGUCGAAAGUACAAGCUGAAGCAAGGAGACGCUGUUGUUUGUGAGCUUGAGCGCUCAGGAGGCGUGGUUACGGCUGUCAGAUUGCAUUUCCCCAACGAAUAAAGAGAUUUGUGUCUUCUCCAAUCUCCUUUAGUGGCAAGUUUCUCGUAAAAUGCUACCCUUUAUGUUGGGUUAAUAACCUACUUGCAUGCUAAACUUAUUUUUGUUUACUAUUGAGAUAAGUAUCUCUUAAUAGUGUAUUUUGAGAAAUCA